AAAUAGAUGGGUUCAAAAUGUCUUUACCUUAGUUAAAUUUUCUUCUUCUUUGAAGCUAUAACCAAAGAAUCAUCACUACAUUGAUUCAAAAAUAUAAUUCGAACACCGAGAUGCAUUUUCCAAUUAUUCUUUCAAUUUUUAUUAUUUGUGCAUCUUUACAGAUAAAUGCAAAACCAAUAGAUUCUCAAAUCUUAGCUGAUCUGGUUAAAAAGAGCAAAGAACUUAAAAAUAAUUUCGCUCAAACUUUAGAGAAUCAAACGGCGAGAAGUGAUGUCAACUCAGAAGAUCUCAAAUUGAUAAAUGAAAUGUAUGAUCUUUCAGCAAGAGUCGAAGAAAUUAUUUCUAGUAAACUGGAAACGAAUCCAAAACCAGUAGAUGCCAAAGAGUUGGCAGAUUUGCUUGGUAAAAACGCUGAAAUUAAACGUGAUGCCGCAACAAAUGUACAAAAGAGAGUCGAUAAUCAUAAAACUACACCGAAAGACUGGAAACUGGUAGGUACGGUGUUGGAUCUGUCAAAAACAGUAAGAGAAGUUAUCGCUUUUGUAAUGGAAAGUCAAUUGGAUGCUCUAGAUACCACAUCUUCAACAAUGACUGCAAGUCCAACAACAUCAACAACCACUGCAAGUCCCACAACUUCAUCAACGACUGCUAAACCUACAACAUCAACAACUACUGCAAGUCCCACAACUUCAUCAACGACUGCUAAACCUACAACAUCAACAACUACUGCAAGUCCCACAACUUCAUCAACGACUGCUAAACCUACAACAUCAACAACUGCUGCAAGUCCCACAACUCCAACAACGACUGCUAAACCUUCUAUAAUAGAUCCAGAUAGUCUUCUUGAUGAAUUUUUUGAAUCCUGA